AUGACGAUGAUGAGAAGGACGCGCGUUCACGCAUCAAACCAAAGCAGAUUUGGAUGUUUUUUCUUCUCGUUCUUGUUCGUUUUGUUUUGCGCGAUGCUCGAUCGAACGAGCGCGAGUUUAGCGAGAUCGGAAAUCGAGUCUUUGGUAAGUCUGAUGAACAGUUUGAACCGAACCGGGUGGUAUUCGGAUCUUCCGAGAGCGAAGGUUGAAAACGCGUGCGAGUGGCCGGAGAUUGGGUGCGAGUGCGAAGGGGGAGACGGUUUGUGCAAAAUUUCGUUCGUCUCGUUUUACGGCAUGGAUUUGACUGGCGAGUUACCUCGGGAUGGGUUGCCGAAUAUGUUGGAAAGCGUGAAAAUUUUCGACGUUGGAAACAACCGGUUGCGUGGCGCGGUGACGAACGCGUUUGUGAGGAGUUUUCCGAAUUUAAAAUCGUUUAAGUUAGGCGUGAAUAAUUUAGAAGGAAGUAUUCCGUACGAGUUGGGGAACUUGAAGUGGUUGGAAGAGAUAGAUUUAGACGGGGGUUUCACCGAAAGACAAAUAUAUUACGACGACGGGUUUCCCAAAGCGAAGAAGAAUAAGUAUGGCGUUCCCGGUUCGCAUUUUGGAAAUCAGUUUACCGGUCAGAUUCCCGAGUCGUUUCGAUUUUUACAACGAUUGAAAGUGUUAAAUAUACACAGAAAUUUACUUUCCGGGCCGAUUUCGUACAACGCGUUGGCGUAUUUGCAGUCGUUGGAGUAUUUAGAUUUGAGCGGAAAUAGAGAUUUGUCCGGCCAAAUUCCCGCGGCGGCGAUUGGAAGAUUACGGAAUAUUAAAGAGCUAUUUCUUGACGACUGUACUUUCAGUGGUCCAAUUCCAUUGGGUAUGAGCAGCGCUGAGAAGCUAGAAGUUAUCGUUCUCGAAGGAAAUAAGCUCUCUGGUCGCGUAAACCCGCGCGCGUUUCCUAUAAAUAUCACGACUUUGGAUCUUCACGAUAACUUCUUCAGUGGUCCUAUUCCGGAAACGCUCUCAAUCUUUAAACGUUUAGAGGUGCUUUUACUGCACGGAAACAUGUUUUUAGGCGAAGUACCGCAAAGUCUGCGACGUUUACCGGUUUUGAAAACGGUUUCUUUGGCGUUUAAUCGAAAUUUAUGCGGGCCAAUUCCAUUUUUCUUACCAAACGCGCCGAAAGAAGCCAUCGAGGAAGAGUGCGAUAAGCCAACGGAGCCGUGUAAGCUGUAUCCAGCUCGGAUAGAGACGAAUCUUGGUAAACCUUGCGAUUGUGCACGACGAGAUCAAAGCUGUUUCUCUUCCGCGUCGUCGAUCGUCUUAUCGCUUCCUACCGGCGCGAGCGCAGAAAAGUGUUGCGAAGAAGGCUUCAGUUGCGAACCGACUUCUGGAUUUGGCGAAAAGUCGUGCGUACCGUGCAUGAACGCGAACGAGCGUUGCGAUGGCACAGUUUACGGUCGACCAAACUGCUGUAAAGCUGGUCUAAUUUGCGAUGGCGACGGCGUGUGCAAGGGAUGCUCCCAAACGUAUCAGCAGUGCGGAGGCGAAUAUUGGACAGGUGCCGAAUGCUGCACGAGUGGCAAUAGUUGCGUAUUUGUCGAUCGCUAUUACUCGCAGUGCCGACCAUCAUCCUCUUUCACCAUUGGCGAUGGUACCACAUCCGAGUUACGACCGCCAAUAUCGUUCAACCAACAACAGCUCUACCGAGAUCCAACGUCAUCCUUUACGUGUCAAGAAAAAUGGCAGCAGUGCGGCGGUCAAUUUUGGACCGGCCCGAAUCGAUGUUGCGACGCGAACGACUUUUGUUUCGUUCAAGAUGAAUACUACGCGCAGUGUAGGCCAAAAAUACCAGCGUGCGCGUCCAACUAUGGCCAAUGCGGUGGUCGUUUGUGGCAGAAAAACGCCGGCAGCUCUCUCAACAGCUGCUGCGAUCCGAGUUAUUACUGCUUCACGCAAGACGAAUAUUAUUCGCAGUGUCGCCCGCGGUACGAGCGCAACGGUUUACCGUGCGCGAGAACGUACGAACAGUGCGGUGGUAGCCUCGGACCGAACGGUCCUCGGUGUUGUGCGAACUCUGGCGACUACUGUUUCGUUCAAGAUGCGUAUUACGCGCAGUGUCGUCCGAAGAUGUUCUCGUAA